CAUAAAAAGCUCAGAGUGAGAUGAUGUUGAUCAGCAGGAGAAAAGCCGCUCCCUUCAUCUGUUAAAAAAAAAAGCCUGACACAGCAAGGCGUUGGGAGAAGUUGGGAAGUGACUUCACCGUGGGGGAGACACUCGUUCUGCUCACGCGCCUCCUAUUGAGUGACGYGGAGAGACGGAGGAGUCGCGCUUUUCACACUUUAUAAAAGCUGCUCCGCGCGCGCGCCAGCCACUCUUUGAAAGAGCGCCGAGGCUGAAACUGCAACAAGAAAACGAUAAAAACCCAUCAACAUAUGAGUCCAAGACGGACGUCCCGGAGGACUUUGACAUCGACAUGGACGCCCCAGAGACCGAAAAGGCGGCGGUCACCAUCCAGUCCCAGUUCAGGAAGUUCCAGAAGAAGAAGCGUGAYGAGAAGUCCUAGUGAGCGUUGUACCGCUCCGUGGCUGUGCGAGGUGACGGCGGGCGGAGGCGACUGCACAGCGACGCCGGUGUGACAUUUGCAUGUAAAACAAAUUCAUACCUGUGGAGAGUCUGGAGGGGGGCUGGGUUUGUGAGGGGGGUGGGGGAGGGAACGUAAAUGCCUGUUUAACUUAUAUGUCUGUGAAUUCUCAUUAUCCUGUUAUUAUUAGAACUAAUGGUUUUUAUUUUUGACUGCUGUAUCAACUAAAACCUGAAUAAAUUACAGAGUUUUCGCUUCUGUUUUGCCACAUACGUUCUUUAUGUCAUCAGGUCCAGCUGUGGUUUUUUUUUUGUUUUUUGUGUUAGAAUAUGUUUUCGUACCUGUUCUCAUAGCUACAUCUGCACCAUCCCUCUCUGUAAGCCUGUUUMCCCCAAAGGCGCCUGUUUUCUGAGUAAAUCGGAGUGAGAGCUGACCUUAAAGGUGCUUUUCAGGAGACUCAGCCUUGAACUUUCCAUUCACGUAGACGCAUUUUUCUUACCUGCAUGAUGCAACGGGGGGCAAAAAAUAAGCUGUGUAUCACUGUACAUUGAAUAAAUAAAAAGAAAAAAAACUGUGUGGAA